GACAGUUGUCGGAAAAUGGCAACGCGAUUGCAGAAAAACUCGCCUCAAAGUUGAAUUUUCCACUCAAUUGUUGGAAAAAGCGGCUCCAGGGUGGCCAAAUCCGUGCGAAUCGCCCCGUUUCCAAGUCCCGCUCUCUCAGUGUGUGUUCUUUGUUGCAUUCCGUGCGCUUGGCUUGAUGUUGUGUUUAUAAUCAAGAGGGCGGCGGCACCGGCAGCUGUCACAUCAGCAGCCCCCUUGCAAGUCACCUCAUACAAUUACAACGAUGUUGCAAACCUCUCUGCUCGAAAUCUUCCAAAAUGUUUCACGCAAUGAACACUGCCGAAGCAAUUAACUGUCGCACAAACUAACUGGUCUUCGGAAUGACUCAACCUUCAACGGGGAACACGUGUCUGCCAGAAUCCGAAAUGCCAGAAGCUGAAUCCUCAGGUGUCUUAGAAAGCGUCAAGCAGAAGAAGUACUCGUCGGGCUCGCUGGGGGGCGACAUCACGCGCCCCAAGGUGGUGACGGUGAAGCACCCGGAGUCGAACAAGCCGAAGCCCACAGCGAAGAAGAACAAGCCGAUCCAGGCCGACCUGGACGUCUCCAAGGAGUUUCUCAGGUGCAGGGACGAGGGCCUGAAGCGGCUUGACUUGAGUAAGUCCAACAUCACGCAUCUGCCCCCGACUGUCAGGGAUCUGAUCCACCUCUCCGAGCUGUACCUGUACGGCAACAAGCUGGUCUACCUGCCGCUCGAGAUCGGCUGCCUGACCAACCUGCAGACGCUCGCCUUGAGCGAGAACUCGCUGACGAGCCUCCCAGACUCGCUCAUGAGCCUCAAGUCGCUGAAAGUGCUCGACUUGAGGCACAACAAACUCAACGAUAUCCCCGAUGUUGUGUACAAAUUAACGUCACUGACGACGCUCUUCUUGCGGUUUAACCGAAUUCGUUACGUCGACGACGAAAUCAGGUUUCUCACCUCGUUAACGAUGCUCAGUUUACGGGAAAAUAAAAUUAAAGAAUUGCCGGCAGGGAUCGGAAAACUAGUUAAUUUGGUCACAUUUGACGUUUCGCACAAUCACCUCGAACACCUGCCCGAGGAAAUCGGGCAGUGUAUUAAUUUGUCCACCCUUGAUUUGCAACAUAACGAGCUUUUGGACAUCCCUGACACGAUAGGGGAAUUACAGCAAUUGACGCGGUUAGGGUUACGUUACAAUCGUUUGUCGUUUAUUCCCUCCAGUUUGAGUAACUGUAGACACAUGGAUGAGUUUAAUGUUGAGGGUAACGCGAUUUCGCAGUUGCCGGAAGGUUUGUUGUCCAGUUUAAGCGAAUUGACGAGUAUUACGCUCUCGCGGAAUAACUUCGCAGCGUACCCCUCAGGGGGGCCCUCGCAGUUCACGAAUGUCGAUUCGAUUAAUCUGGAACACAACCAGAUUGAUAAAAUUCCGUAUGGGAUUUUUUCGCGGGCGAAACACUUGACUAAGUUGAAUAUGAAGGAGAAUCAGUUGACGUCGCUGCCGCUAGAUGUCGGGACGUGGACGAAUAUGGUCGAGUUGAAUUUGGGGACGAAUCAGUUGGGGAAAUUACCGGACGAUAUUCAGGCUCUCCAAGCGUUGGAGGUUUUAGUAUUGUCGAAUAAUUUGCUGAGGCGGAUUCCGCCCAGUGUGGGGAAUUUGAGGAAGUUGCGGGUGUUGGACUUGGAGGAGAACCGGCUGGAGCAGUUGCCGAACGAGAUCGGGUAUUUGAGGGACUUGCAGAGGUUGAUAGUGCAGAGUAAUCAGCUGACGUCGCUGCCGAGGGCCAUUGGCCAUCUGGCGAAUUUAGUAUUUUUGAGCGUGGGGGAGAAUAAUUUGGCGUAUUUGCCGGAGGAGAUCGGGACGUUGGAGAAUUUAGAAUCGUUGUAUGUUAAUGAUAACCCGUCGUUGCAUAAUUUACCGUUUGAAUUGGCGCUAUGUUCAAAUUUACAAAUCAUGAGUAUAGAGAAUUGUCCGCUGUCACAAAUUCCUGCCGAAAUUGUGGCAGGGGGGCCGUCGCUUGUUAUCCAAUAUUUAAAAAUGCAAGGGCCUUAUCGUGCCAUGUGAUUGUCUUAAAAUAUGUCAUAACCAGUGUGUCUGUUAGUUGUUAUUAAUCAAUGUUGAUAAAGAAAAGACAUUAUCUUUAUAUUUAGAAUAAUUGUUCCGAGUUCUUUGUGUUGUAGUCGUCCUUUCGCCCAUCGGUUCAUUUACUGGAUUAUUUAAAAUAGAUCAUUAAUGACCGGUUUCCACAACAUUUUUAUCGGUUCCGUAACUUUACCCUAGCAGUGGCUUUAAAAUAAUAAAAUGAUAAUUUAUAAAUUAUCCAUUAGAUAACUAUUAGCACAUUUCAAAACUAUAAAAAUGACAACGUCGCAUUUUCUCUUCAAGUUAGUUGUUACAAAUUAUUAUGUUCUAUUUGAAAAAACUGAGUCAUAGCAUUUUGAAAAAAAAAUCAUACUAGCCAUGAAUUUUGACAGUUGAAAUUUACCUUCGGUUAUCGAAUGUAAAAAAAAUAAUUCACUUAUUGCAAAGGGGUCAAGGGCUGUGAUAUCUUUGAUAAAUCCUUGCAAAUGAAAAUUUUAACAAAAAAAUUGACCUAUGUCAAUAACUGUGACAGAUAAGUUUCAACAAUUUGGAUAAAUUUUACUCAGCUUGAGUUUGUGUAAAACGUAAUUUUCCAUAAAUUUUAAACUGAAACUUGAUUCAAAAUGUCAUAAUAGCAAGAACUUGUUUUUGCCGUCAUUACUUAUAUUUAUUGAUAUUGUAAACGUAAAUAAUUCUAUUCAUAAAAUAAAUUAAAUUAACAAAAUCACAUAAUCACAGUAUUCUUUUUUAUAACAAUUCGUAAUCUUCUUUGAUAUUCUAGUUCGUCGCAUCUAAUAAUCUAUUCAAAAUUUCUGAAAAAAGGUAUAAUUUUGUGUCUUAAUGACCGAUAUUUAUCGUUUUGGAAACCGGACGUUAGCAAUAAAACACAAUACUCCAGUUUUAUUUGCAGCGAAUGAUGUGUUUUAUCUAAUCGUUCAUUACGUGUGAAAAUGUCCGAUUAUUUAUAAUUUGUGUUAUUUAUAUUAGCUACAGCAACACUGGGUUAAGUCUCAACUAUAUUUUGGAUAAAAAUAUGCAUUUAAUUGUGAUUUUAUUUGAUAAUAAAGGUUUCUGGAAGUUCAAA